AUGAGCUUUAAGGUCCCUUCCAAUCCAGAUCCAUUUUUGAUUCUGUGCCUGCUGUUCCAGAAACACGUCCACACGUACCGCAUCCUGCCAGACGAGGAGGAUUUCCUGGCCGUGCAGACGUCACAGGGGGUGCAGGUGCGGCGCUUCAAGACGCUCAACGAGCUGAUUGCCCUGUACCUGCAGCCCAACCAGGGGCUGGUCUGCACCCUGCUUUUUCCUGUUGAGAGGGAGAAAGAGAAGGAGACCGUGGAAGACAGGGACUACUCGGACGGAGAGGAUGAGAAGCCACCAUUGCCACCACGCUCCGGCUCCACCAGUUUCUCUGGCACCUCGGUGGGACUCAGCCCCACUGGCCUGGGACCAUCUGUGCCAGAGGGACCAGUGGAGAGCACCAAUGGGCUCAUCAGCAUCUCCCAUGAGUACCUGAAGGGCAGCUAUGCUCUGGACCUGGAGGCAGUGAAGGGAGGGGCCAACAGCCUCCCCCACCUCAACAAGACGCUCGUCACGUCCUGCAAACGGCUGCACAGUGAAGUGGACAAGGUGCUAGCAGGGCUGGAGAUCCUCUCCAAGGUGUUUGACCAGCAGAGCUCCCCCAUGGUCUCCAAGAUCCUGCAGCAGACAGCAGGGCAGAGUGGAGAGCAGGAGCUGGAGAACCUGGUGUUGAAGCUCUCUGUGCUGAAAGAUUUCCUGUCCUCCAUCGAGAAGAAGGCACUGAAGGCCCUGCAGGAGAUGAGCUCAGCCGCUCCUGCCACCCCCCCUCAACCCCUCUCACGCAAGGCCAAGAGCAUCCCAGUGCAGACCUUCGAGGUGAAGCUGGAUAUCACCCUGGGGGACCUGACCAAGAUUGGGAAGUCACAGAAGUACACUCUGAGUGUGGACGUGGAGGGGGGUAAACUAGUGGUGCUGAAGAAGCAGAAGGACUCCCAGGAGGACUGGAACACCUUCACUCAUGACAAGAUCCGGCAGCUGAUCAAGUCACAGCGGGUGCAGAACAAGCUCGGCAUCGUUUUUGAGAAGGAAAAGGAUAAAACGCAACGGAAGGACUUUGUUUUUGUCAGUGCUCGGAAGCGUGAGGCUUUCUGCCAGCUCCUGCAGCUGAUGAAGAACAAGCAUUCUCACCAGGAUGAGCCUGACAUGAUUUCUGUCUUCAUUGGCACCUGGAACAUGGGCAGUGUUCCUCCCCCCAAGAACAUCACUUCGUGGAUCACCUCCAAGGGGUUGGGCAAGACCCUGGAUGAGGUGACGAUGGCCAUACCACACGACAUCUAUGUCUUCGGCACCCAGGAGAAUUCUUUGGGAGACAAGGAGUGGGUGGACUUUCUGCGCACUGUCCUCAAGGACUUCACAGAAGUUGAGUACCGCCCGGUGGCCAUGCAGUCCCUGUGGAACAUCAAGGUGGCGGUGCUGGUGAAGCCAGAGCACGAGAACCGCAUCAGCCACGUCAGCACCUCCAGCGUCAAGACAGGGAUCGCCAACACCCUAGGGAACAAAGGCGCUGUGGGUGUCUCCUUCAUGUUCAACGGCACCUCCUUUGGCUUUGUCAACUGCCACCUCACCUCUGGCAAUGAGAAGACGGCACGGAGGAACCAGAACUACCUGGACAUCCUGCGCCUGCUCUCACUGGGGGAUAAGCAGCUGAGCUCCUUUGACAUCUCCCUUCGCUUCACUCACCUCUUCUGGUUCGGGGACCUCAAUUACCGCCUAGACAUGGACAUCCAGGAGAUCCUCAACUACAUCAGUCGCAAGGAGCUGGAGCCGCUGCUGAAGGUGGAUCAGCUCAAUCUGGAGAAGGAGAAGCACAAGGUGUUCCUGCGCUUUGGUGAGGAGGAGAUCACCUUCCCCCCAACCUACCGCUAUGAGCGAGGCUCCCGGGACACCUAUGUCUGGCACAAGCAGAAGCCCACAGGGGUACGUACUAACGUGCCAUCCUGGUGUGACCGCAUCCUCUGGAAGUCCUACCCCGAGACUCAUGUCAACUGCAACGCUUACGGGUGCACAGAUGACAUUGUCACCAGUGACCACUCGCCUGUCUUCGGCUCCUUUGAAGUGGGAGUGACAUCCCAGUUCGUUUCCAAAAAAGGGCUCUCCAAGUCCUCAGAGCAGGCAUACAUCGAGUUUGAGAGCAUAGAGGCCAUCGUGAAGACGUCCAGUCGCACCAAGUUUUUCAUCGAGUUCUAUUCUACCUGCCUGGAAGAGUUCAAGAAGAGCUUUGAGAAUGACAGCCAGAGCAGUGACAACAUCAACUUCCUCAAGGUGCAGUGGUCAUCCCGGCAGCUGCCCACGCUGAAGCCCAUCCUCUCCGAGAUUGAGUACCUGCAGGACCAGCACCUCUUGCUCACCGUCAAAUCCCUUGACGGUUAUGAGUCCUACGGGGAGUGUGUCAUUGCCCUGAAGUCAAUGAUUGGCAGCACAGCGCAGCAGUUCCUCACCUACCUGUCCCACCGUGGUGAGGAGACCGGCAACAUCCGUGGCUCCAUGAAGGUCCGGGUGCCCACGGAGCGCCUGGGCACCCGCGAGAGGCUCUAUGAGUGGAUCAGCGUCGAUAAGGAUGAGACGACAGCAAGCAAAGGGAAGGUGCCGCUAACUGCCAGGGCCGCCCAGGACAAUGCCAAGUCUGCAGGGCGAAAACCCACCGGUGCUGAGCCCCUCACCACCAUCCUGGCGAAGCUGCCAGAGGAGCCUGAGAAGAGCAGCACCCCAGCAGCAUCUCGUCCCCCUGCCCCACACCGCAGCACCCCCAGGGACGAGGCCGCCCCGAGCCGGUCCAAGGCGGAGGCAAUGCCAGAGCUGUCAGGGGGUCCCCUGAAGAACAGCUUCAACAACCCAGCAUACUACGUGCUGGAGGGGGUCCCCCACCAGCUGCUGGUGCGGGGGGACCCCGGCAAGCCCCCCAAGGCCAAGGUGCAGCUGGCAGUACAGGAGUGCUGCCAGUGCCCCUCAACGUGCUGUGGUGGCGAGAGUGAUGAGGAAGAGGACCUCGGCACCCUCAACCUGCCACCGCCGGAUUUUCCCCCACCGCCACUGCCACGGGAGCUGGAGCUCCCCCCAAACACCUUCUUCAGCACCACGAAGGAGCUGCUGGUGUCCACCGGCUGUGAGGACCCAAAAACCCACCCUGCUGCCUUAGGAGAGGCUCCCCUGCCUAAGCCUCACCCCCGGCCAGCCCCAGCCGCCAGGGCUGGUUUUGGGAUGGAGGGGGCUGCUGGGACGCCUGUUAGCGGGGGGCUGCCUGCAGUGGGGGGGCUGCCCACUCCUGGCGGCCUGCCGGGAGGGCUGCUGGAUGACCGGUCCUGCUCAGUGUUGCAGAUGGCCAAGACGCUGAGUGAGGUGGACUAUGGGGGUGGGAAGGGGAGGGUGGUCCCCCCACCACCGCUGCUGGCCAAGGGGGGGUUGCCUCCCCGCUGCCUGCACCCCGACUAUGGCCACCCCCUUGCCUUCCCUCCCCACUCCAUCCAGGAGAGCAUCCAGGAGGACCUGGCUGAGGAGGUGGGUGAUACAGGGUGGGUGGGGGUCCUCAGCACCUCAGCUGGGGCUCCCUUUAGGGUGCCCCAUGGUGCUGAGGCUGUUGGGGUGCAGGCGCUGGGCCGUGGUGUGGGCACCGUGCCCGGUGUGGGCGAGUGGCUGCGGGCGCUGGGGCUGGAGCGGUACGAAGAGGGGCUGGUGCGCAAUGGCUGGGAUGACCUGGAGUUUCUCAGUGACAUCACAGAGGAGGACCUGGAGGAGGCUGGAGUGCUGGAGCCUGGCCACAAGCGCAUCCUUCUGGAGAGCCUCCAGCUUCGCAAGUAGCUGCCGCCGCACAUCCAGCAUCCCGUGCAUCCUAUGGCCCAGCAUCCCUGUGGCUGCAUACUCUGCAUCCUGCAGCCCAGCAUCCCAAAUCCUGCAGCCCUGUAUCUCAGACCUUGCAGCUGUGUGUCCUACGGCCCAGCAUCCUGCAUCCCACAGAUGCACGUCCUGGAUCCCAUGGCUGUGCAUUUCACAUCCUGCUGCCACGUAUCCCGGACCCUGUGGCUCUGCCUCCUGCAGCUGAGCAUCCCAGAUCCUACAGCCGUGUGUCCACAGCCCAGCAUCCUGUGGCCACAUACCCAGGGUGCCAUGGAUGUGCAUCCCAGGUCCUGCAGCUGUGCAUCCUGCAGCUGAGGAUCCUUCAUCCCACAGUCCCACAUCCUGCAUCCAUUCAUCCCACCAUCACCAGCAGCAAGUGGGAGCCCCACGACCUCCACAGCCCGUCCCCCACCCUGGAUGCUGGGUAAUGGGGUGGGAAGGGGGGUGGUGGGUCCUGGUCAGAUAAUUUCAUAUGAGGAUCCCUACGGGGUGCCCUCACAUUUAAGUUAUUUUUUAUUUAUUGGGAGAAGGGAUGGUGGUUGAGGUGUUCGGGGGUAACCCUUGGGAUCCUGGCUCCCCCCAUGACCCCUCACAGCUAGGAGGAGGAGGCUCUGAGCAAAGUCAUGUCUCAACCCAAGUGCCUUCACGAUGCCUGGGCUGAGCUGGGAUAGGAUGGGAUGGGAUAGGAUAGGAUGGGAUGGCUCAGCCAGCCCCUAUAGACAGCACUAGGCACAGCUCAGAGUCCCCAUCCCCAACUCUUAAGGAUCCUGUCCCCACCCUGAAGGUCCCAUCCCCACUGUGAGAGUUCCUGUCUCCUCCUGGGCAUCCCUGUCCCCCUGAGGGUCCCUGUCCCCAACAUGGAUGUCCCACUCCAACCCUAGAAAAUCCCCAUCCCCACCCAGGGGGUGCCUAUCACUAUCCCCUUGCUGUACAUCCCUGUCCCUAUGCUGGACAUCAUAUCUGCACACCAGGGGUUCUGCCCCACCCUGAUGAUCCCCAUCCCUGCCCUGGAUGUGCUGUCCCCACCCCUGGGGGUUCCUGUCCUCACCCCAUGGGUCCCUGUCCCCAUGUCCAGGGGUUCCAUCUCCACCCCAGGUGUUGGUCUCCAUGACAGGAAUCCCUGUUACCAUUUCUGGGGGUCCCAUCCCCUCCCUGGGGGUCUCUGUUCCUGUCCUAUGGUUGCCUGUCCCCUAUCCCUGGAGAUUGUUUUCCCACCAUUCCACCCAGAGGUUCCAUCCCCAGGGGUCCUGUCUUCCCCAUACUGGGGAUUCUGUCCCCACCUGGAUGGGUGUUGUCCCCACCCCUGGCGUCCCUAACCCAGCCAUGGGAGUCCCAUUCUCACAUGGCAGGGUCCCCAUCCCCACUCUGGGGAGAUGUCCCUAUGCUGGAAGUACCAUCCCCAGCCUGGCAAUCCUUUCACCGCAGAGCCAGAUCAGUGCCUUCCCCCAGAGCCCACCCCACACCACCAGUGCCUCUGGGGCAUACCCCCACUCCCACCCAGUUUGCCCAUUAGGUACUUGCUGGGUGUGCCCACCCCUCCCCGGGGCUUUUGUGUUGCCCUUGGGGGCAGCAGGGCUGGCAACCAGGUCUCCUUGUGGGUGCUCAGCCCCCAGCCUUGCCAAGUGUCCUUCCAGGAGGGUUCCCAGGGUGGGGGUCCCCAGGACAGGGGUCCUCCCGCUGUGCCUUCCCCACUGGGAUGCCCCCUCCAGGCUCUUCCUGUCCCCAGGGGGAUGGGGGCGAUGCUACCCCCGACCCCCCAAUCCCCCACUCCGGCUGAGAUGAAGGAUGGGCCAGGCCCCCCUGGCAUCCCCCAACAUCCCCCCUCUCUUACUGGGGGUGUUUGGUGUGAACUUCCCCCCACUAAACCCUCAGCUCCUGUGUCUGGAGGUGUUUGGUAAAUCUGGAGUGAUUUUUGUCAUGUUCAUGCAAUGGGUAUGGUGGAGCUCUCAGUGUGGGGAAGGGUCUGGGGAGGGGGACAAGAUAGGGAACCAGGGGGAAGAACUGGGUCCCAGCAUAAUCUGUGACCCCUCCAAGCUCUCCGUACUGGUCCCAGCAAGGUGGAGACCAGGUCCCUUGUCCUCUUCUUGACCGUAUUGGGUACCUCAGACCACUCCCCCAAUAGCCUGGCGUGCACCUUGUCACCAUGCCAGUGCCCCCAAGACCUUCUUCAUCAUCACCCCCCAGAUGGCCCCUAGAGGCCAGGGGAGCUGUGUGGGGCACCCCUCUCCUCACCCCACCCCACCUGGGGCUUCCCAUGGGAUGCCCCCUCAUCUUCCUGCAGCUGCUCGGGGUCUCUGAGUGGGGGGCACCCAAAGCAAUCCCUAAGGUGCUGGAGGUCUGUGGCAUCACCUGGGGGGUUCUGGUGGCUUCCAGAGGUUUUGGGGAUGGGACUAUGCAGCCCUCCACCCCUGAAGCCCUUGGUGGGUUGGGGUGCAGCAAGGGCUGCAGGCCAGCAGCAGCGUCAAUAAAUUAAGUUUAAUUUGGA